AUGCUGGGCUUCCAAGUAAGAUCCCUCCAAGAGAACAUGUCGCCAAUGGCACAACUUCUUGACGAUGGAAGUGACUCCUUCUGGUCCAAUCCCACGUGGCUGAAGCCAUCGUUACCAUCUGCGAUCUCCGAGGAGGAGCUCCUGGGCGUGUGGGCCGACUCGCUUGGCAAUGCGGUAUGCGUGUCUGCUGGAACUACUUCACAGCCAAAGCUGGAGGCAGUGCUGGCAAAGCCGCCGCGAGACGACAUCCACUUGUCCAUGAGGCCCGACGAGGGAAGUGGAUGGAUCUGUGGCAAUGCCACGUUGGAUUUGGUCAGGAGCUCUUCAUCAAUGCUGCACUGGGUGGCACGGGAUGGCCGAGUGUCUGUUUGGGUGCGCUUGGAAAACGUCGACCAGGAAACCGUGGACCAGCUAUUUGCAAGCUUUGCUGCCAUCGCAAUGCUUCGCGUUUCACGAUGGCGGCGGCAGGUGGCCGGUGAACUCAGAAGGUCCUGUCCUGCGCGAAGAGGUAUUGGACACGUUGCUUCCGUUCGCGAAGUGCAAGAGCUCUCCACUGCGAAGGCAGCACCAGUCUUGGCAGUGUUUACGGCGUCCUGGUGCCAACCCUGCAGAAUGCUCGCACCUCACUUGGAGGACAUUAGCGAGAAAUUCGAAGGACGCUUUCUGAAAAUGGUGCAGGUGGAUGUCACUGACAUUCCUGAGGCUGCUCGUGAAUUCCGCGUGGAUGCUGUUCCGUAUUUCCUGGUCUUGCGCGAUGGGCAUGUCGUUGAACGACUGCUCGGGAAUGAGCCGAAGGCCGUUGCCGAAGCCGCCCAGCGCCAUGCCGCGGCCUUUGAGAAGAUGCAGGCAGAGCAGUGA